AUGGCCAAGGCGUACAAGGAGCUGGGCCAGACCGACAAUGCCAAGAGCGCACUGAUGCGCAAGAAUGCGAUCGAGCAUAAGCUUGGUCGCGAUCGGCUUUCCGACGAAGCCGACGGCGGAGAUUCCGGCAACGAGGUGGAGUCGGAGCAGAAGAUUGCGCUCGAGUGGAAGGAGAAGGGCAAUGCCGAGUACAAGAAGGAGAACUGGAGCAAGGCAUUGGAGUGCUACAAGCAUGGAAUCAGCUACGACAUGUACAACUCGAAGCUCCACAGCAAUGCGUGUAUGACACUUAUCAAGCUGCGGCGCUGGGCGCAGGCGCUGAAGCACGCUGAAGCAGUGUAUUGCGCUGGAACCCAAGUGGGUGAAGGGAUAUUACAUGAAGGGCGUGGUGCUAAGUAA